UCUACAGAUGGAAAAAUAUCCUUUAUUUUAUUUAUUCUAGUAGUCUCUUCAAUGUUGAAAAGGACCUAGAGACAUCUUCUACGAUAAGUUGACUGCCCUCUUUUAAGGUAGGGUUUUCAUCGGUAAAAGGCCAGAGAUAUUUUCUCCUGUAAGUCAGAGUAAAGCUGGAAUUGAAUGCUGGCUCAUUAAAUAUGAUUUACAGUAAAAAAACAGCGCAGAUGCCAAGUCUAGUGGAAUGUGCGAUCAUACUUGUCAGUAAACAAGAUGUCGAUGCAUGGAAAUCUGGAGGAGAAGAUUUAAUUUUUGCAGUUUGCAGGGUGCGGCUUGAGUGGACCGGAAGCCAGAUGAAUUUACCUUUGUUGGUAUAGUAUAUGAAUCAAAUUUGUCCUUUUUGGGCAUGGUCUUGUUUGUUUCCGCUGCAGAAACAUUUUUGUUAGGACUAGGAGCAGAUCAAUACCUGAUGUCCUCAUUUUACAGAACAAAUGCAUAAUAUAGCAUUAUAGUAUCUAAAUUAAAUGAUACAGAUUCAAUGAAAUACCCAACCUUCUUCCUUUUUUACAAAUAUAGUACUGUUUAUUGAUACUAUAAACUUGGUCACAACUUAUUUAUGUUUCUUUUUGUAUGAAGUAAAUGAUUGUUUAGUCUAUAAUAUUCCAAUGUAAUUCUUGUAGUUUCUAGUUUUUAGUUUGAUUCUUGUUGCCCAACCAAUUUUGACGCUUUCUGGGUAAGAUGUUUGUUCAGCCUUAAUAUUUCUUUUUAUCGUAAUUUGACCAACUGAAACACCACAUAUAAUCAUUUGCAUGCAUUACAUCGAAUUUUUGUUUGAUAUUGUAGCCGAUAUAUAUCUGGAGUAUGCUACAAGUCUACACAUCUUUGGAAUGUGAAGCAGAGGAGAAUUUGGACUGAGAGUAUUGUUUAGAAGACCAUGGGUAGACCAUAAAUCUUGGAAAGGGAAGGCAGUUGCUUCAAGACCAGGUCAAAUAUAAGUUCUAUUAUAUACUGUUUUGCCAUUUGUAAUGACAAAGCCCAUCCGAUUUUAACAAUCAUUCUUUAAGUUUACAAUGUCACUGCAUGUUACAUUUUUGUUCACACAAGAACCCGAAAAGUAUUGCAUCAAAUUCGACGAUUCCCAGCUCAUAUAUUUCUCUUUCACUUUACACCAUUCCUAUAGAUAAAUUUCUGAAUUUUUAUUCAUGAAGAUUGUUUCAAAUGGCCCAGCUAGAUAGUAAGAAAUUUUCAUCUUCUUCAAAAACUUCUCAAAACACCCCGCGCACAGCAAAAUCUCAGAACUCCUCUGGUUCAGCAACUUUCAGAACUCCUAGAUCUACAGCCUCACCUACUUUUCAACAACUUCUUCAAGGGGAUGCUACACUAUGGCCAUCAAGUCCAUUUGCAAAGCAUAAUGAUUAUGAUGGCGGGCAUUCUCCCACAAAAAAAUUAACAGUCAUCUCAAAAGUGAAGGAAAAAGCAAGGAAGUGGCGGCGUUCCCUCAGCGUCAGGAGAAGACAGAGUCAAAGCACCAAUUUACACAACACACGUUCUUGGGGUGCCAGCACGGAUGAUCAUGAAGAUGAAGGGGAAGAGGAGGAUCCUGAAUAUCUUGGUGCCCCAAUGUAUGAGUCAGAGCUGGCACCUGAGAAUUACAAACAGGCUGCGAAGCAGAAGCCUCGUGCAGUACCUAUGGCAUCUGAGAAGCAUGUCUUGGAGAGCAGUGUGAGAAAUAAUGAUAAGAAUCAAGAGGCUGGUACUAGUUCUAGCAAAACAAUGACAGAGUCAGUGACGGAGAAGUUGGCACCAGCAUAUGGUGCAGUAUCUGAUGCAACUCAGACAAUUGCUUCUAAAAUUGCAGACAGUGUUGGCAUCUCCGGGCCAACAGACACUUCGAAAGAUGGCAAUGAUGGAACGGACAAAGCAGAAAGCAGUAUGGAAGGUAGAGUUCAUGGCCAAUCUAAUAGCCCCGGUAAGAGUAAAGGUGUUUCAGUUACGGAGUAUUUGAUGAAAAAGCUUGAACCGGGGGAAGCAGAGAAGGCACUUUCACAGGUCAUUACAGAGAAAAUUACCCCCUCAAGAUCUCCGGGUGGCGAUCAGGCGGGAAUGGUGGAAAGACUAAAAGGGGCCGUAACUUCAUUUCUUAUAACAGAACCCACCGAACCCUCCUCCGAUUUAGAAAUUAGGAAAAACCUCCCCCCAGUAAAUGCUCCGAAUUCUUCCACAAAUGCAACCUCUUCUUCAGAAGCCUCCACGUCCAUCUCUCCGAAAAAAACCCCAUCACCGCGUAAACUAGUUUAUAAACCACAAAAUCCCAGCUCCCCCCACUAUAAUGGAAACUCAUCAUCACACACUUCCAAGUCUAACACCAAAGAAAAAACCUCACAUGAUAAUCCCAGUUCUGCUCCUAAGAAUGCAGUUCCCCAUGAAGAUACCAUUAAGAGGAUACCACAAAGCAACUGAAUACCUGUUGAACAGACUUCUGGCUACAGUGUGUACAGAUAUUUUUUAUGUAAUUUUACACUUGCUACCUUGUGUACUUGCAACACUUUAACCUCAUGUAUAUCAGUAGUAAUACUUUUCUUUGCACAUUGAUAAGUAUCUCCAUAUCACCUUAAACAUUUUCUAUAGACUGAUACAUUACAUGAUAGUAGACUUAUUGUGACGAGUAUAUAUGUCUUCUAAAUUUUCUGUAGUGAGUAUGAAUGUGAUGAGACAAGUUCGGUAUGUUACAUCAACAGGACAAGUAGAUCAGAGGAGAUUGUGCAGAGGGCAGAGUUGAUCAAGCUCGAACCAAGUUUAGUACACAAAUUUACAAUUAAGUAAACGGUCAUGAUCCUGAAAUAGCACGUCCUAACAAGACAAAGCAAAAUUCUCUUCCCUGAAAGCGACGAUUGUCACCCCUAGCUUCUGGAUGAAAAUUUAUGUUCUGUUCGAUCCGUGCAACCUCAGGAGAUGGGAACACUAGCUUGUAAAUUGUAAUCUUGAAAUCUUAUUGUGCAUUUCC